UUUUAUGACACCGUUCCUGUUUUGUAGGCUACUGUAAACCAUAAAAACUACUCAAUCUAUGUGUAAACAAAUUUCUGGGAAGAAGACAAAGCAGCACUACUGUACUGGAGAAGCCUGACAGACCAUAUACUAUACAUCACUAUGUGCAUGUGCCUCAUGUCUCCAGAUAAUGAAAGCUCGGCUUCGCACCUUUCUUGGUCGACCACCAGUUGAACCACCACUUGAACCAUCACCUCGUUGGAGACUAUUCUCUGCUGCAGCUGACGGACGCCAUUACGUGUGGAGAGGGGAUGGUCCAGGACAAGGGUCUAAUAUCAUUGCUGUGUAUGAUCCAAGCACUGAGCUGUGGAGCCUCUUGCCCACCACUGGACCUCUACCCCCUGGAGAGUGGGGUGGUCGCUCUGUUUGUGUAGGUCGUUACCUGUUCACCUUUGGUGGUUAUGAUGGGUCUUCUUACUUCACUGACAUGAGCAAGCUUGAUCUGGACACUCUCCAGUGGACCGAAGUCGAAACCUCUGGUAGCCAGCCUAUGAGAAAGACUGGUUGUGGACUUGUCCGUGUGAAUGAGAGAACUCUGUGCUGCUUUGGAGGACGCGGUAUUGAGGGCCCCACACAACCAGGAGCAACAUUCACCAGGGGAUGGACAAACGAGUUCCAUUUCUUUGAUACACAAAAUGGUGUCUGGUCGUCCCCUGAGCUCAGAGGAGAGAGACCUUCUCCCUGUAGUGACUUCACCUUCACCAUGGUGGACCAGCACAGGGCAGUCCUCUCUGGAGGGAGACAACCUGGCCGUACAGUCAAUGAUGUCUACUUGUUUGACUUUAGGGCCAUGGAGGUCACUAAGGUGAAGCCAGUACAGGGAGAGCCAUGGCCGGUGGAGAGAUCAGGCCAUGCUGCCUGUUGUCUCAACUAUGGCCAAGACCACCCUCAACUACUGGUGUACGGAGGAGUGGAUAAUAACGGCAUAACACUGAGGGACAUGUGGAUACUUAAUGUCGACACUGGCAAGUGGACAGAGGUAACAUCUCCUGAGUCAAUGACACCAUGUCUCCUCCACUCCAUCACUGCCACCAGUCUGGGACCAGGACUCACUGAGGUUCUCGUGUUUGGAGGCCGUCGGGAGGGGUUAGGAAAUGAUAUUGCUGAGACCACCAUACUGAGAUUUGAGUUGACUGGACCCUCAGCGUCUGUUGCUGGACUCUUGGUUGGGAAGUGGGCUCUCGUGGAUGUGGCCCACAACGACACUAGAGGCUCCGCUCAGCGACUGAGUGAGAAGAGGAUCAAACAAGCAACUGUUUGUGCCUCAUCAAUCAGUGAGACCAGCGACCACUCCUCUCAAGACCGGAUUAGAGCUCUGGAACAACAGUUACGAGCAGCAGAGCAGAGAGAACACGACACUCAACGUCACCACCAACUACAGUUGCAAGAGAAGGAUCGAGAAUUGGCGAUUAAAGAUUGUGAAUUGACUGAGGCCAACAGAAGAGAAGUUGACCUGUCUGCUCGAAUCACAGCUCUAGUGAGGGAGUUAGAAGGCAAGACGAAAGAGUUGACAGCACACAACACAGAGGUGUGGAGAAUUCCGGCCAACAGAGUGAUCAUGGUGAGAACGAUUGGCACUGGAGGAUGGGGGGAGGUGUUGGAGGGAACAGUGACGGUGGCCGUCAAGCGACUCUUUGCUGCCAUUGUCAACCCACGCAAUCUGGAGAGACUCCAGAGAGAAAUGAUGCUCUUGGCUGAAGUACGACAUCCUAACCUGGUGCAGUUCAUUGGGGCAGUGUUUGACCAGUCCCCUCCUCUCAUCAUCACCGAGCUUCUGGACAUGAAUCUCCGACAAUCGUACGAGAGGAAUCAACUGUACCCAGGAAACCGCCUCUCGAUCUUCAUGGACAUUGCUCGAGCUCUGGACUACCUGCACCAGCGCUACGAUCCCAUCAUACACCGUGAUGUGAGUGCUCCCAACGUCCUCCUCCAGCGAAUGCCCAACCACCAGUGGAAGGGGAAGGUCUCUGACCUCGGCUCAGCUAACUUCCUGCAGCAUGCUCAUACAAUGGGAGAGGGGGCCAUAAUCUACUCCCCUCCUGAAGUCAUCCCUCAAGCCGCAGAUCCAUUUAACCUUCCUCUGAGACAGUCUGUCAAGAUCGAUGUGUACAGCUACGGCAUUGUCCUCUGUGAGGUGACCGCUAGUCGAUUCCCAAGUGCUGAACAUUAUCGAGACAUGAUUCUCCAAGUACAGAGAGAGCAACCAGUUAUGUGUGACCUGAUUGUCCACUGCACUAAGAGAGAGCCUAGCCAUCGACCCAGCAUGGCACAGGUGAUGGUGGAACUGAACAAAAUAGCACCCUUUUAACUAUGAACAAUGUGAACACUUAUCUUAGUAACUUGUUGUUUUUUUAUGAAUGUCUAUAGACUUUCACUUUAAAUUUCUUUGGCUUUUGUAUAGUGUGUGUUUGCAAUCUCCUAUUAUGAUGAUUACCAUCGAUUUGA